AUGAAGCUCAGUGGGCUCCUGUGGGUGGAUGUUCAUUUCUUUUGCCUCCAAGUGGCUUUUCCACAAAUCCUAGAGCAGUCUCAGGUGACCUUCAAAAUCCAUGACAUCUCUCCAUCGACAGUCUCAUUGGAGAGUGCAUCCAAAAAGCUGCCACUUAAAGGAUUGGCACAACUAGUUGAUCUGAAGUCUGAACUGACGGAGACGCAGGCAGAGAAAGCGGUGUUGGAAAAGGAAGUGCAUGAUCAGCUUUUGCAACUCCACGCUGUUCAACUUCAGCUACAUGCCAAAACUGGUCAGAGUGUUGAUUCUGGGGCUAUUAAGGCAAAGCUGGAGAGAGAACUUGAAGCUAACAAGAAAGAGAAAGUGAAAGAAGCUCAACUGGAAGCUGAGGUGAAGUUGCUGAGAAAGGAAAAUGAAGCUCUUCGUCGACACAUCGCUGUGCUUCAGGCUGAGGUUUAUGGAGCAAGAUUGGCAGCCAAGUAUUUAGAUAAGGAACUAGCUGGAAGGGUCCAGCAGAUUCAGUUACUGGGCCGCGAUAUGAAGGGACCUGCUCAUGACAAGCUCUGGAAUCAGCUUGAAGCAGAAAUCCACCUUCACCGUCACAAAACAGUUAUUAGAGCUUGUCGGGGUCGGAAUGAUCUAAAGCGACCAAUGCAAGCACCACCAGGACAUGAUCCUGAUGCCUUAAAGAAGAGUCAAGGCGUUGGUCCAAUCAGAAAAGUUUUGCUAGUUAAAGAAGACCAUGAAGGACUAGGAAUUUCAAUCACAGGUGGGAAGGAGCAUGGCGUUCCAAUACUGAUCUCUGAAAUACAUCCUGGACAGCCUGCUGAUCGGUGUGGAGGACUGCAUGUUGGUGAUGCUAUUCUGGCAGUAAAUGGAGUUAAUCUAAGAGAUGCAAAACAUAAAGAAGCUGUAACUAUUCUUUCCCAACAGAGAGGCGAGAUUGAAUUUGAAGUAGUGUAUGUUGCUCCAGAAGUUGAUUCAGAUGAUGAAAAUGUAGAAUAUGAGGAUGAGAGUGGACACCGUUAUCGUUUAUAUCUUGAUGAAUUGGAAGAAGGUGCAAAUUCAAAUUCUAAUAGGAAAGAGGCAAACGUGGAUGUUAAACCCUCACAAGUGUUUGAUAAGAAACCAAGUAUUGAUGGACAUGAAAAUGGAGACCUGGGGAAUUCAGUUGAAGCUCCGUUAGAAGACACUGCACCCAAAUUAGCCCGUUCUGCUGAGUCUUUAUCCUAAAAUCAAACAAAAAAAUCAACUGGACAUAUCCCAUCUUUGGGAACAAUCGAUAAUCAAUUUGACUGCUCCAAGUUGCAUAUACGAGUGUAGGUUGUAAAAGGUUGGUUAAAUGUCAAAGGGAACUGUAUUCCUGUGGCCUGGAAAAAAGGCGGUUACCUCAGGGCUUCAUUGUGAGCAAUUCUAAAUGUGGAAAACUGUCUUUUACGUGACACAACGGUAGUUAUCUAACACAUAGCAUGUGAAAUGAAUUUUCUUUUAAUAAUAAGCACCAAAGCAUGGGAUUUCUAAAAAGGAUAACCUCAAUACAUUCAACUUUUAAUCUCAUUGAUGUCCCCAAGGAAGUAGAAAAAGAUGUAGCCAGCUUCAUUUUGACCCUUUGAUGUUUUAAAGAGACAACCUAUGUUCAGUUUGGUGUGAAAACAGGCUUUAACUCUAGAAGGAUGAGGCAGGGAAUUGUGCCAUUGCAUCCAUGAGUUUUGUACUUAGGAUUUU